UAACCCAAAAGUUUUUUGACGUUCUUCGAUAUCGGUUCAAUACGGUCUUAAAAACCAUUUUGUUCUUUAGAUAUUUCUAAUGAAGCGAAAUAAAUUUUAAAGUUUUUCCCAAAUUGAAACUAUCUGAAUCAGUAUCAAAAGGAAUUGUAAUCUGAAGAAAAUAUUUCAUGUAAAUAUGGAACUUCCUAAGGAUAUUGUAAAUAAAAUGGAACGUGGUAGGCCGGCAGAUUAUUCUUUCAGAAAGAUGACAACAAUAAAAGCAUUUGGUCUUGAAAGUGCUAGGUAUACAAGAGUAGGCGGUGUUCCAGAUCGAGGGCCUGAGAAAAAGUUCCUUACUAAAUCGCUUUGGUUGAAUAAUAAUAAAUUGAAAACUACGAAAAACGUUGACGAAUUGGUGAACGCUGUUAUAGAGUAUCCAUCUUACCUGGGUUGGAUCGACUUUUCCUUUAACUACAUAACAGAAAUAGACGAGGGUUUAUUGAAGUUUCCAAAUUUAAAAAUUUUAUAUUUUCAUGGUAACUGUAUAUCGGACUUAAAUGAAGUUUUUAAAUUAAGGCCUUUGGAACAAUUAAGGAGUGUUACAUUUCAUGGUAACCCAAUAGCUAAUAAUCCUAAAUAUAGGAGUUACAUAGUUUCUGCACUUCCACAAAUUAGCAAUUUAGAUUUUACUCCAGUGGUAAAAACAGAGAAAAUGUUUCCAAUGCCUCCAGAGUUAAUAAGAAAAUUUAAAGAAGACCGUGCAAAAGAAAAAGCAUUAAAGAAAUAACAUAUUUUCAUAAGACUCGAAUGUAUCUGUGUAAUAAACCAUAUUAUGCUUA